GUUCGCCCAGUUCUUCGAUGCCCCACGGUCCCUUCGGGCACGUCUCAUCUCAUCAUUCGCUAGGACAGACGCAGUUUACCUUUUUCCAUUAGAUCUUCGAAACCUCUGUCAAGGGACACAGACGUUAAGGAAGGAAAAAGGGAAAAAGAAAGCCUUCUACCAACGGGGACAAAAGGAGAAAACGAGAGCCGAAGGCUUCUGACACAAAUUGGGCGAUCCGGUUUGCUUCCCCCACCGAGGUUAAGAAGAGCCAUCCAAGAUUUCCCGUCAAAUUUGGGAGGCGAACUCCCCGUUCUACCUCCCCGGAGCGCUAUUUCGCGUUCGCUACCUCCCAGGGGUCGAGGCGAACACGACAAACAUGAGUAUGAGCUACAACUCGGACAAAUCGCCCGAGUUCACGAAAGAGGAGUGGAUGAGCAAGCUCGAGUCGACGCAGCUUCAGAGGAGCGACAUGAACAAGCUCAUCAUGAACUACCUCGUCACGGAGGGUUUCAAAGGUGCCGCUGAGAAGUUCCAAGAGGAGUCAGGCGUCGUACCUCCCCUCGACCUCAACACGAUGGACAACAGGAUACGCAUACGCGAGGCCAUACAGGAAGGUAGGACGCAGGAGGCCAUUCUCCUUGUCAAUGAAAUGUACCCAGAACUUUUGGACAACGAUAGAUAUCUUUAUUUCAGAUUGCAGCAAUUGCACCUGAUUGAACUGAUAAGGGACGGGAAGGUCGAGGAGGCGUUGCACUUUGCCCAGACACAGUUCUCCGAGUCUGGUGAGUCGGAGCCAGGCAUAUUGAACCAGCUUGAACGCGUUCUGGCACUACUCGCCUUCGAAGAGCCAACUCUAUCCCCGUUCUCACACUUGCUCAACACGAAGCAGAGGCAUAAGGUCGCGAGUGAAGUUAACACAGCGAUCUUGAAGACGGAACAUCACACUUCGACUGAGCCGAAGCUCUACUCGGUCGUCAAGCUGAUCCUCUGGGCCCAGGAGGAGCUGACAAAGCGCAAGAUCAAAUAUCCACGUAUGAUCGACCUGAGCACGACAGAAAUUGAAAGCCCGUCCAAAUGACAUCCGCUUUACCUCACGUCCUGACCAGAAACAGAGACGACGGGAGAGGGAAGCCCUUGAUCAUUUCCCUUUAGUUCACAGCACGGGGACACAGGGAUGGCGAUGCUGAUGUUUGUUUUUUCUCCUCGACGACGUCUCUGAACCGUCCUCCACCGCCAGUUCGUACUUCGUCAUCGGUGUAAAUAGCACAUAAUAGAAGUCAAAUUGUAAAGCUUCA